UUUUUAGUUCUUUCCUUCACAUUUUUCAUCCAAACCCCUUUAAAUUUCUUGAAAAGUUUCCAAAACUCACCACUUCCAUCUUAACUAACACCUUGUCUUUCCGAGUUGCAUAGUUUUCAAACAGCGAAAAGAUGAUGAAAAUGACAUUGCAUUGGAGCAAAAGGGUCACCCUCCUCAUAGAUUCAUGGGAGACCGAUUCAUGGCUGAGUUACAUUCUCAGUUUACUCGCGUGCCUCAUGGUUUCCGCUUUCUACCAGUAUCUAGAGAGUCUCCGGUUUCGGCUGAAGAGAGGGGAGUCUCCGGGGGCGGAGAUACGGACGCCACUUCUGCGGCGGAACAAUGUUGCCGGGGGUAAGGUUGCUGAAGCGGUUUUGUUCGGGGUGGACUCUGCUGUUGGGUAUUUGUUGAUGUUGGCUAUAAUGUCAUUCAAUGGAGGGGUGUUUUUGGCUAUUGUGGUGGGUCUUAUGCUAGGUUACUUCUUCUUCAGGUGUCAGGGUGGAGACGGUGCUGCAGUUGAAGUUGACAUUGAUGAUUCUUGUGCAUGCGCUUAGUGUUGUGUGUGCUUGUAAUUUAUACCCUGUAAAUAGCACUUGUGAACAUGUUUUGUGGUGUGUAAUUUUGUGGCAACGAACGUUUCUAGUUGUAAUCAUCAAAUGAAAUUAUAUACAUAGGAACUUUUGAUUCUGAUUUUGUACAUCGUUGAGCACUGCUAGUCAGAUAUGAAAUAAUGACUCUUGUCUCUCCGGUUACAAACUUUAAGACCUUCUGU